CUACAUUUCUACCCAUUUCGCUCACAAGUCAAAACCCUGGACAGGCCGCUUCCCGUCACACUCUCACAGUUAAUGCCCUAAUUGAAACAAUGCAUCUUCGUAAGAAGAAGAACAGACCGAAACCACAAGUUCCUGGAUGCGAAAACCCCACUCUUGAACAAAUUGAUGAACAAUCUGGUGGUUUGAGCUUGUCAGGACGGAUUAGUUUGUCUUCGAUAUCGGAAGACGCAGGAAUAAUUGGGAACGUGACAGAUACAACUUCUUGUUCGAGCUUUAAAUGGGACGACGAUGAUUCCGCAGAUAGUUUUUGUGAUUUCACAGAUACUGCGUCGAACUCAAGUGGGAGCUCUGUUGUUUCUAAUUUGGAUGUGUAUAGCCGCGGCAAGUCUAGUAGAAGGAGCCGAAAGAACAAGGUGAUUGCUUCAAGUGGGACGGUAUCCAAUAUCAUUGGAAAAGAUUAUUCGUCUUUUUCCAACAAGAGGACAUCUGUUCAUAAAGGGAAUGGGCCCUCUGAUGUUGAAAAGGAAAAAGAGCUUUUCAAGAGUAGUCAGCAUCAGAACUCAAACACAAGUUAUGAAGACCUUGUGGCUGAUCUUGAGGCAUUUGACCCUUUCACGGAUAGGAUGUCUGACUUAGCUUCACCAUCUCAUAAUAAUCUCCCGGGUAAAACUAAUAUGUCAUAUAAGGGCAGGAGUUAUUCUGAUGUUGUUAGUUGUGAUUUAUCUGGCCACAAAAUUUCUUCUACAUUGCCUCACGACAUGUUGGAAGCUCUUUUUACACCAAAACGGGAGCCAGUCAAAGUGAGCUGCAGGAAUGUAAUAAAAUCGAUCCAACCAUUUGGGCAGAAGCUUGACAAUAAUCCUUCACAAGACAUAGCGAAAAAGCUGCAUCUUUCUGGUAAAAGGGAUGAUUAUCGGCACUACAGGAGACCUGCAACUCAACAUUGGGAUUUAAAGAAUUCCUAUUAUGACAAGGCUGCAACCGUGUCUGCAAGUGGAAAACUGGAAUGCGCAACAUAUCUCUCUGAAGAGGGAAAGAUGCACGCUGAAAAGGCUCGGCAAGCAGAUAAAAGGGCGAGCGAGGAUCUAUUCUCUAUAAGGAUCAAAAAAUUUGUAAAUCUGCUAACAGUGGAUUUACAUGGACAACAGUCAGAGGAAGGAAUCAAGAUUUUAAAACUUCACCUUCUAUUUGGUGCAUAUGUUUGUUCUGUUGGGAAGUUUCGUAUCAUUAUUGGAGGAGCUGAGAUGUCGAUGCUGAAACAGUCGGUUGUUGAUCUCUUACAAAAGGAAAACGUUGAGUGGGUGGAAGAAAACACAUGUACUCUCCUAAUCAAACUCGAUGGGCAGAAGAGACAAUUUGGCUUCAUGGACGACGCUGCAGCAGCAUAUGCAUGUGGAAAACGUGAAUAUGCAACAUAUCUCUCUAAACUGGAAAAGAUGUGCACUGCAAAUCAAGCAGAUAGAAUGUCAAGCCUGAAUAUAUUCGAUUCAAGGAACAAAAACAUUAAGAAUUUGAUAGAAAUGGAUUUACAUGGACAACAUGUACAAGAGGGAGUGGAGCUUUUGAAAGUUCACCUGCUAUUUGGUGCAUUCGUUCGCUCCGUACGUUGUUUCCGGGUUAUCACUGGAUAUGGUAGUAAAGGGACUGGAAUAUCGAAGCUGAAAGAAUCGGUUGUUGAUCUCUUACAAACUGAAAACAUUCAGUUCAAGGAAGAAGACCCAGGUACUCUCUUCAUCCAACUCGAUGAGCAAAAGAGAGAGUUCUGCUUCCUGGAGUGUGGUAGCGACCUUGAUUAAUCUUUUUUGUUACAUACACAUUUUGGCAUCUGAUUUAUGAGUAUGAAACAAAUAUACGGCUCAUUGUAUGUGGAUUUUUAUCUCUACAAGAAUAUAG